GAGAAACUUCAAAGGCGAAAUCAAUUGUUUUUCUAAUUUAGUCAAUAGUUUUUCAUACUUUUGGUCAAAAAUAAUAUGUCUUAGUCUUCGAUUUUUUUUGGAACGGAAGAAACAUACAUCUUUCAAUUUUCCUGUCAAAAUAAUAUGCUUCUUUUUUAUCGUAUGCCAUAUGAGGAAUAUAUUAGGUGUCUUUGGGAGUCUAGAAUUCAAUUUGCGAUGAUACCCUUCACACGAAUUCGUAGUUCUAUGGACGUCAUCUGUACAGCUUAACACAUUGUGGUCCUUAUUAUACCAGGUAUCUUCAAAAUAGCUGACGAACCAAUUCAUUUUCGGUGUAUUUGGAGCUAUUUCUUUAACCUCAUUUUGAGAAUCCAACGUUUUAAGAAUUCAACAUUACGAUAACUAAGUAACUUACAACUCGUCUGAACGUCUGCCUCAUUCGUAGUUCAUGUUAAUAUCUGUGUAUAACGGAUGGAUGGAUGCACUAGUAUUACACGUAUAGGAUAAGGCAUAUUCAACGUGCUUUUAACAGCAACGGGAACAAAAAAAAACAUGGUUGAAGUUGUGAUAAAAUAAAACUACACAAAUUAAUAAAAUUAGAACUGAGCGAGUCAAAGAAGUUUAGUAAACAAUGGAUGCUUGCCGAUGAUAUCAGAAAAUAUCUCAGUUCUAAUUUUAUACCGUAGCCAAUAGCAAAGUGAAUAAACGCGUGGGUUCCUCACUAGAUAAUGAAUGAUACGGAACGCUCUUUUCGCUAAACAAUGGUAAUAAAUACAGUGACUGGACCGUUUAACUCCGUCAGCCCGAGUGCCUCCUCGCGGUCUACACUUACACGAGCCUUUAUAGGUGUUAGUGCUGAGGCUUCGCACAUACUGUUGAGCUAUCAUCUGUUUACGAUUCAAAUUCAUCCUAAUUUUUAAUAUUAUUUAUGUAAUAAUUAAAUUGGACGUGUCACGGUGGCAUCCAUUAUAAAUUGUAAGUGAAAUUUCACAAUAACGGACGACCGGUCUGGCCUAGUGGGUAGUGACCUUGCCUAUCAAGCCCAUAGUCCUGGGUUCGAAUCCCAGUAAGAGCAUUAGAUUGUGUGAUGAGCACAGAUAUUUGUUCCUGAGUCUUGGGUGUUUUCUAUGUAUUUAUAUAUUAUAUAGGUAUAUCGUUGUCUCACUGCCCACAACACCAGCCUUCUUGAGCUUACUGUGGGACUGAGUCAAUCUGUGUAAGAAUGUCCUAUAAUAUUUAUAUAUUAAAAUUCCCAGAUGUCACGUGGUCUUAUUGAGCCCCCGUUUGCAACCGUUUAAUUCUCCUCAUUAUAUUUGGGCUCUAAAAACUAUUUCAGCGUGAAAAGAGAACAUUUUCCAAGUAACUCCGAACGCUUGAUUCAGCCAAUCAAAUAUACCCACCCUCCGUCGAGUCUCCCGCGCCUCUUCUCUUUAUAAGGCGAACAGCCUGGGAGGAGCCCGCAGUUUGUCUCCACUAAUGCAGCGGCGCAUCUCGGAUUCAAUAAAAAAACAUCUAUAUUAAGCAAUCACUUUUAAUUUGUAUCUAUAUAACAACGAAGUUGUCAAACAAUGAGUGGAUCGGGAAAAGGGUUCCUCGGAUUAUGGUUGUACAGAAACGGUUCUGAGUGGGAGAUGAAGAAGGAAAUGCCCCACCACCCCAAGCUGGGAGACAUCGGCAUGGCGGUGCAGCAGCCGGCGGCCGAGGGCGAGAGGAUUUCGGUGAUAUUCUCGUUAAAAAACCAAGUCGGCGGUUUAGUCCGUGUCUUGUCUGUAUUCCAGGACUUGGGUAUAAACGUGCUCCAUAUUGAAUCCAGGAAAUCUGCUACUGAAGUAGCCGACGCAGAUAUACUUGUGGAUGUGGAGUGUGAUCUUCGUAGGAUGGAGCAAUUGAAAAGAAUGCUGAAGCGCGAGGUUCAAGAGUUUGAAGUCAUACAAUCUCAAACCGGAGAGGUGUUUCCACCACCGACGCCGCUUUCUGCUGCCGCUAGUUUUGAUUUCGGGGAAAUGCCUUGGUUUCCGAGGAAAAUAUCGGACCUCGACCGUGCGCAGAACGUGUUGAUGUACGGCUCCGAGUUGGAUGCUGACCACCCCGGUUUUAAGGACCCCGUGUACCGCAAGCGACGCGAGCAGUUCGCUGCCAUCGCCAACAACUAUAAGUACGGCCAACCGAUACCGAAAGUGCAAUAUACUGAAGUUGAAAUCAAAACAUGGGGGAUAAUCUUCCGAGAGCUGCACAAGCUCUACCUGGUGCACGCUUGCGAGGAAUACCUGGAGAACUGGCCGCAACUCGUCAAGUAUUGUGGCUACAGGGAAGACAACUUACCCCAGUUGGAGGACGUAAGCGCGUUCCUGAAGAGGAAGACUGGCUUCCAGCUCCGCCCAGUGGCCGGAUACCUCUCUCCACGCGACUUUCUCUCCGGUCUCGCCUUUCGAGUCUUUCAUUGCACGCAGUACAUUCGCCAUUCUUCCGAUCCGUUUUAUACUCCGGAGCCUGACUGCUGCCACGAGCUGCUAGGGCACAUGCCGUUGCUCGCCAAUUCAUCUUUCGCACAAUUCUCUCAAGAGCUGGGACUAGCUUCUCUGGGUGCAUCUGACGAGGACAUUGACAAGUUGGCCACGCUUUAUUUCUUCACUGUGGAGUUCGGUCUUUGCCGCUCCCCCGACGGCUCGUUCCGCGUUUACGGCGCCGGCCUGCUUUCCUCAGUGGCAGAGUUGAAGCACGCCCUAACCACGAGCGCCAAACACAAGCGCUUCGACCCCGAAGUCACCGUCAAUGAAACCUGCAUCAUCACUUCUUACCAGAAUGCUUAUUACUAUACGGACUCGUUCGAAGAGGCCAAGGAAAAGAUGCGUGCAUUUGCUGAAGGUAUCCAGCGUCCCUUCGGAGUGCGAUACAACCCAUACACACAGAGCGUGGAGGUGCUAAGCAACGCACAAAAGAUAACGGCUCUGGUGCGUGAAUUGCGAGGCGACAUCUGUAUCGUGUCCUCCGCCAUAAAGAAGAUCUCGGCCCAGGACUCCACGCUCGACGUCGAGACUAUCGCCAACAUGUUGCACACCGGUUUACAGGUGAGCGAGCGUAGCCCGCAGAGCACUUCCGGCGGCAGCUCACCCAACUCGGACCGCGGCGCGUCCCCGAGGCCGGAAAAUUAGAUUGUACACUUCCGUCGUUUUCGGCAUAAUCUUUGUAUUGGAUUGCGAAACUUUAAUUCCAAUGCUUCGUUAUUCAUAGAUUCAUCAUUGCAUUUAACAUUUAACGUGUAUUUUACCGUAAUCAAGUCUGGUUUGGUCAGGUCUGGUAAACAAUAGAUUAUAGUAAUAGGUACAUUCAGGCUUUUUCACCGCCUUGAGGGAUGAGUUUUCAAAAACGCAGAAAUUAGUUUUCGUCUAGUUCCUAGCUCAAAAUAAAACUUGAACCCCAUUCAAAAUUCAUACCCUUUUUAACCCCCCUUAGGGGUUGAAUUUUCAAAAACAUUGAAAUCACUUUUAUUUGCAAUAGGCUAUUAUGCCUUUAUAAGUAGUUUCAAAGCAUUCGUAAUGAAUUCAAAUUUUCUACCCCUUUUUAACCACUUUAGGGAAUGAAUUUCUCAAAAUCGCUUCUUAGCUCUUGUACACUUUAUAAAUGCAACCUAGUGUGUAAAUUUCAACUUACGUUUCGGCUCUGCGUUAAAGAGUCAGUCAGGACACGUGCAUUUAUAUAUAGAUUAGAAGAUAUUUGUAAUCUUAUAAUCUAUUCAUAGGUACAUUUUUAAUUUUGUAGCUCAAAAAAUUACUUUACAGGAUUGCAUUCUCAAAAGUCUGGAUCAUGUGUAGCUGUAAAUCAGCGUGUAUGUUACAACCGUUCAAUUUCAAAAUGUAUGCUAUCUUCGUAAUUAGCAUUCCCCACCACCAUAAGUUCACGUCGGCUACGUUAUAUUUUAAUUAGCGUCCUACAAAACCAUGGAAACGAUACCCAUAUUGAUAUUUUGAGAUUUCAACCCCAUUGCACCCCCACCAGGGGGAUGAUUGUUCACUUCGGCUACGUUAUAUUUUAAUUAUAAUGCCAUUUUUGUAAUUAGCGUCUCAAAAUACUAUGAAAACGAUACCCAUAUUGUUAUUUUGAGAUAUCAACCCUAUUGGGAACUUUUCCCCCUCUUAGGGGUUGAAUUUAAAAAAAAUACCUGAUACAUGUCUUUACUUAUUUAUCUCUAGGAAUACUCCUGUGAAAUUUGGAAUAAAAUAGUCUAACUAAUCUUGUUUUCCCACACAAACUUUGGACCCCAUUUCACCCCUUUAGGGGAUGAAAUUUGAAAAAUUAUUUCUUAGUGGACCCCAAGACCUUAUAUGGAACCUACUUGCCAAAUUUGGACUUUCUAGUCCCAGCGGUUUGGGCUCUGCGUUGAUUUAAGUCAGUCUGUCAGGUCUUUCACGUUUAUAUAUAGAUUUCUUUGAAUGACCAAUACAUUUUCCAAGUAAUACUUUUCCUUAUUUCUACCUCUUCUUCGUUGUAAGUUCGUAUUAAAUUUUAUUUGUUUUUUUUAGAUAGAUAGUCAGAUAUAUUUGUUAAUAAUUUACAUAUUUAUUCAAUAGUGUUUCUCAUUACGUUCAUCAGAACUUCGGUUCUUUUGGUUGUGUGGUGUCGAUCUUUUUGUUACAUUAUUGUGGUGGCUUAUAUUAUAAUGUUGAAUAUGC